ACAUGGCGGAGCAUGUGAACCAGAACCAGUGAUACACAGAAGUAGAGAAAAAACAGGCAAGUUGUGUGAUUUUGACGAAGAGUAUCUUUCACAGAGUUAAACGCCUGAUAUUUAAAGAUUUGUUGGUGUAUUGUUUAGUCUGCUAUAAAAAUGAAAGGAUUUGAAUCAGAAGAAGAUGAUGACCAAGUAUUGGAGUCUGAUGUGCGUAGAAUGGUCACUGCUCAAAACAGAAAAAAGAAGAAGUCUGGUGGAUUUCAAUCAAUGGGAUUAUCAUUUCCAGUCUUCAAAGGAAUCACCAGAAAGGGGUACAAAAUUCCAACUCCAAUUCAAAGAAAGACCAUUCCUUUGCUUAUGGAUGGCAAAGAUGUGGUUGCUAUGGCAAGGACAGGAUCCGGAAAAACAGCAGCUUUCUUGAUCCCAAUGUUUGAGAAAUUACACACACAUAGCACAAAGGGUCCACGAGCACUAAUUUUGUCUCCAACUAGAGAGCUUGCUAUGCAGACGCUCAAGUUUACAAAAGAGCUUGGAAAGUAUACGGGGCUGAAGCCAACUUGCAUUCUAGGAGGAGACAGGAUGGAAGAUCAGUUUGCUGCAAUACACGAGAAUCCAGAUAUAAUAAUUGGGACUCCUGGUCGAUUUCUACAUUUAGCUGUCGAGAUGAAUCUGAAACUGCAAACGAUAGAGUAUGUGAUUUUCGAUGAAGCAGACAGACUGUUUGAAAUGGGUUUUGCUGAGCAGCUCCAAGAGAUCAUUCGGCGUUUACCAGAAGCAAGACAAACGCUUCUGUUCUCGGCAACAUUGCCUAAGGUGCUCGUUGAAUUUUCAAAAGCUGGGCUAAACGAUCCUGCACUUAUUCGACUGGACGUUGACACAAAGAUCAGUGACCAGUUGAAAAUGUCAUUUUUCUCAGUGCGGAGUGAAGACAAAACAGCUCUGCUCCUCCACAUUUUGCAGUCAGUCACAAAGCCCACAGAACAAACAGUUAUUUUCGUUGCAACUAAGCACCAUGUCGAGUACAUCAAAUCGGUUCUUAGUGAAACUGGAAUUGACUGUUCCUACAUUUAUUCUUCCUUGGAUCAAACUGCAAGAAAGAUAAACGUGGCAAAAUUUCAGAAGAAGAAAACAUUGAUUCUUGUUGUCACCGAUGUUGCAGCUAGGGGCAUAGAUAUCCCGAUGUUGGAUAAUGUAAUCAAUUAUGAUUUUCCUGCAAAGCCAAAACUGUUUGUGCACCGAGUUGGUCGCGUUGCUCGUGCUGGUCGUUCAGGAACUGCUUAUUCAUUCGUUGCAAAUGACGAGCUCCCAUACAUGCUGGAUCUUCAUUUAUUUUUGGGUAGGCCACUUAAAACUGCAGCAAGAGAUUCAAGCCAAGACGAAGAUGGCCUACUUGGAUCGGUUCCACGAAGUUGCUUAGACGAGGAAGAAGAAUAUCUGCUCGGAAUUCAUCAAAAGUCACAUGACUUGGAAGCUGCGAAAGGAGUAAUGACGAACGCUUGCAAACAGUACGUGCGAUCGAGGCCACCAGCGGCCUCGGAAUCAGUAAAGCGAGCCAAGGAAACCCUGCUUGUUGACAUCGCAGUACACCCGUUGCUUGGGGAAAAGUUCAAAGCUCAGGAUAGUCUGCGGAAUACGUUAUUAGAUGGGUUGAAAUCUUUCAAACCCGGGCAGACAAUAUUUGAAACUCGUGGAACAAAAAAGUCUACUGAAUCGUCCCUCAUUAUGAAAACAAAAAGAAAUUAUCACGGAGCUGUAAUUGAAAAAAACAAAGUGAGAAUUUCAGAGUUGAAGGAAAGUAACGAAGCCCUGAACGCAAAAAUAAGAUCUGAUGCGAAGGUAAUAACCUCUGAAAAGUUUCAGUCUUCAAAAAGGAAAAGGAGUGGAUACAAAGAUGAAAAUUAUAUACCAAUGAGGUCAUCCGAUGGCCACUCAGAAAAGGGCCUAACUAUAAACUCAUUUGAGAAAGAUGCUAGUGGUGUCUCUGUUGACUUUGUGGGUGAUGAUACAGACAUGAUGAAGAAACAAGGCAGUGUCAAGAAAUGGGAUCGGAAGCGAAAGAAAUUCGUAGGUUCGCGUCAAGAUGGAGCGAAGAAAGUUAAAACCGAGAGUGGAUCUUGGAUCAAAGCCUCGUACAAAACCAACAAAUACAAAGACUGGAUGGAGAGGAAUAGGGUGACUAAUAUGAACAGAGGGGAAGAUUUCGAUGAAACCGAGCACCGAGGAAACAAAGGUUCUCAGAAAAAGAGCAAAGGCGGCGGGAAAAAAAGUUUUAAGGGAUCGAAAGGAAAGAUGAAGAACGAAAUGAAGUCAAAAGACCAGAUAUUAACAGGAAGAAUAAAAGAUCAAAGUAUUCAGAAAAGACUUCGCGGUAAGGGUAAAUUUACGAAAGGUGGAUCGUUUAAAGGAAAGAAGAAAAGAUAGCGAAUGCUGAUAUUCUACACAAACCAUUAAUUUCAUAAGUAAAUCUUAUUUGUACCACAGCUGUAGUAUAAAAUCAUUGUUUUUGAGCAGACAGAUUUUAUUUGUUAUCAGUAAAUUGAAAGCCUGUUUU